AUGUACGCACUCUUUUCUGGUGGUGUCUUUAGUUCCUGGGAACAAAUUGACUGUGAAAGAGUCUUGAUACCGGAAGGACGAGAAAUGAGUGUAGUGGAAGAAUAUGGACACUUUGAUCCGGACAUGGAACUCAUUCCAACAGGUGAACGGAUUGAACGGUCGCUUGUCUAUGAACGUCAUCAAGUUGAAAACUCGAUGGCUUUGGGACAAACGAUGACGUCUGACACAAUGACUGAUGUCUCUUGUGCUGUAUUGGAAAAGGAGAAAAUAACAUCUGAUAUGGUGGCUACUAAGAUUCUGGAUGAGAAGAAUGAAGGCGAUCUCUCUCUCAAGUCUCCAAGUAGCAGUAUGACAGGCUCGCCUAGUCAAAGAUUUCGACAAAAGAAGAAAAUGCAGAGCAGAUACAAGCGAUAUAUGCCAUCAAGUUAUCAUCCAUUACCUGAAGCAAUGCUGUUCUUGGUGUGCUAUCACUUACCAGUGAAACUUACCAAGUCGCUGGAGAAUGGAUCUUGGUCAGCCAAGUGGAAUCGUGAUAGUUUGAUUUCAAGAAGUGAAAACAGUAUUGCUGAGAGUAUGAACACGAUGUGGGUCGGUUGUGUAACAUACCACGCGCGUAGUGACCAUGAAGAGCUUUCAGAUGAUGACAAGAGCGAGAUUACAGCGAUCUUGGCAGAGAUGAAGUGCAUCCCGGUGUUUAUUGACCGUCAGCUGGCUGCAAAUCACCACGGUGGAUACUGCAAGAGCAAGCUGUGGCCUAUGUUCCACAAUGUGGAUAUUCUGGACAUUUACUACGCGAUUUGGGACCGUGCAGAAGUGAUUGAGUGGAAGGAAGAGCGCAACAACGGCGAGUGGUGGGAAGCAUACCAGACAGUGAACAGAUUAUUGGCCGACCGUGUCGGUGAGCUAUGCAAGGAAAAUGAUACGGUUUGGGUGCACGACUAUCACCUGCUGCUGUUUCCAUCAUAUCUGGCCAACACAUGCAGAAGCGAGAACCGCAAGCGACCCAAGAUGGUGUUUUUCUUGCAUGUGCCUUUCCCCACGUCGGAGGUGUUCCGAGAGCUUUCGCACGGCACGCAACUACUAGAAGGCGUGCUGGACGUGGACAUUGUAGGAUUUCACUCUUUCGAUCACGCGCGCCACUUUCUGAAUGCCUGCAAGCGCUUUCUGGGUCUCACUUAUCAGUCUCGACGCGGUGGAAACCUGGGUGUUGACUACCGUGGUCGCAAUGUGAUUAUCACGAUUAGCCAUGUGGGUAUUGAAACCACACUUAUUCGCGAGGUGAUUGGCAACCCUGAAGUGCAGGAGGCAGCACGUAAGCUCCGCGAAAAACAUGCGGGCAAGCUUCUCAUUGCAGGUGUUGAUGUUUGCCAGCGGCUGAGUGGCAUUCCGCUUAAGAUGCUAGCGUUUGAGCAGUUUUUUAGCAACUGCCCGACGUGGAAGGAUAAGCUUGUGUUCGUGGAGCGUGCAAACCUGGCACAUACUCGACUAGGUGACCAAAACUAUAGCAGUAACGAGAUCCGCAAGCUUGUUGAUCGAAUUACAGAGGCGUAUGGCCCGGGUUGCAUCGACUACGAGGAGUCGUCCUCUCCAUCGACGAUAGAAGACCGUGUGGCGCUGUGGCUCGCCAGCGACAUUUUGAUGGUCACGUCUAUCCGCGAAGGACUGAACUUGAAGCCCCUCGAGUUUGUAUUUGCAAAGGGCGUGGACCCGACAAAUCGACCGGGUGUUGUUAUCUUAAGCGAGUUUUCGGCGUGCUGCUGCGUCCUGAACGGUGCCGUGCGUGUCAAUCCGUGGAACAUCACGGGCCUUGUGAACUCUUUGGACCAUGCAUUGACAAUGAGCGACGAAGAGCGGCUAGGCCGUCGUGCACGAGAUUUGCCAUACAUUACCAGCCAACCCGCUGCGAACUGGACGAAACAAGUAUUGUCAGUUCUACAUGAAGUCACAGACAACCCAGAGGGUGAUGAGGAAUACACGAACAUGGAAUACGUGGAUAUGGAGAUUGGUCGCUCUCACGUAUUGCGAGUUGGCGAGCGAUCUGACUUUAAGCAAUUGAACAUUGACAAGGUCAUGGCAGCUUAUAUGCAAUCCGAGCGACGUGUGUUCCUGCUUGACUACGGCGGCACCAUUAUCGCGCGUGAGAAUAUCGCAAUGUACGUCAAGAAGGACUUCACAGCUGUGACGGGUAAAAAGCCGUCUCCACCUAUGAUGGAGGCACUGACAAACUUGACGAAUGAUCCGCGAAACACAGUAUUUGUGGUGAGUGGCGUGAGUAAAUCGAGCCUAAGCGCGUCACUUGGACACAUUCGCGGCCUUGGUCUCGUAUCUGAUAACGGAGCUCUGUACUCGUGGGCUCGAUCCAUCAACAUCGAUAGUACGGAGGACAUGGAUAUGCAGGACGACAGUGACAGCGACCCAAAAAGCGAUCGUCACUGGCACCAACACAGAUUCAAAUUCGACUGGGGUCCAGUCCACGAGGCAGUUGAUCCGAUUUUAAAAGUAUACUGCACGCGCACAAAUGGUAGCGUAGUGCGGUAUACUGAACAAAGUAUUGCCUGGAACUUUCGCUCAACUGACCCGGAGUGGGGUUUGUUGCAAGCCAAUUCGCUGCAGAUGGAUUUAGAGGAAGUAAUUCGUGACCUCCCGGUGAAUAUCAUCCGCAAGAAGGGUUUGCUGGAAAUUGUUCCUGAAGGUCUCAACAAAGGUGUGGUAGCCAGACAGAUCUUGACACAGGACGCGAGCAUCAGCCACAGCCACCCCGACUUUCUCUUCUGUAUUGGCGACGACACAACAGAUGAGAGUAUGUUCAAGGCCAUUUACGACUAUUACGCCGAGCGAACGGAAGAAAGUAUGCAUGGACGACCUGGCAACAGUACAUACGAGGAUUUUGUUGCUGCAUGUGAUGAAGGGCCGCUUCAUCACGUUUUUACAUGCACAGUGGGCAAGAAACCGAGCAAUGCACAUUUGUAUGUCAACAAUGUGGACGAAGUUCAGCAGCUUUUACAAGCGUUUGGCAAAGCAUCAAGCGAGGACGGAAUGCUCAAGCUGCCAUGA